AUGGAUAAAAUUCGCGCUAUAACCAAACAAUAUUUCCGCACUGACCUACCGCCUUUACAAGUCGGCGAUAAAGUAGAAGUUACUACCAAAAACUUUAACAAAAAUGAAAAAAAUAAGGAUGAUGGAAAACCCAAAUGCCGGCUAACUCACUUCAAAGGCACCGUAAUUACGCAAAAAAAUACUGGACAAAUUAGUUACACUUUUUCGGUGUUAAAGGAUAGUAAAGGUAGUGAUAAAGUGGCAAUCAGAAGCAUUUUUACUUAUCAUUCUCCUCUCAUCGCAAGCAUUAAAAAAAUUGGCAAAAUAAAUCAAAAAGUUCGUCGGGCAAAAUUAUAUUAUCUGGAAAGAGAAUUAGCCAAAAAGAAGGAUAAUGAAAACAGUUUAGAUAAUAAGACUACUUUUAGAAACGAACCAAGCAAAAAAGAAAAUAAUUUCUCAAGUGAUUACCAACAUCAAGAAAUUAUUCAUUCAAUUCUAUCCAAAUAUCCUUAUCAAUUCUAUGCUUAUGGUUCGCGAACUAAAAACCGAGCCAAAAAAUACUCUGAUUUAGACCUUUGUUUUUACAGAGAAAUACCCCGGAAUGUUCUCGGUCAUAUUCAAGAAGAUUUAGAAGAGUCUGAUUUACCUUUUAAAGUUGAUUUGGUUCGAUGA